GGCAAAGGGCUUCUGAAUUUUUUUCCUCUGCAGCUCCUGGCAAUCCGAUGAAUUCCUUAAAGCCCUAGUCUUUUUCGUGAGGAUUUUCGACAUUCGUUCAGGCUAAACCCUGGGAAGUUACACUUUUUCCGGAGAAAUCCUUCGAGGUUUUCAGGUGGGCACAUCGGAAAUGCCGCGGCAUGUUGAGGGAGGAGGAGAUUCCGGGCCGGGUUUCGAUCUCUCCGACGAGAUUCUGUCAGCGAUUCCGACGGACCCUUUUGCGCAGCUGGAUCUCGCGAGGAAGAUUACGUCCUUGGCGAUAGCUUCGAGGGUGUCGAAUCUGGAGGCCGAGGUGGUCGGGUUGAGACAGAAGCUGCUGGACAAGGAAAGGGGUAUGCUUGAGCUCGAGGAGAAGAUGUCACGCUUGGAGAGAGAUUGCAGGGAGGCCGAUACGAGGUUGAAGAUCGUCCUUGACGACAAUAUGAAGCUGACAAAAGAACGAGAUUCACUGGCAAUGACUGUGAAGAAACUCAGUCGUGAUUUUUCCAAGUUGGAGACAUUCAAAAGGCAGUUGAUCCAGUCGCUGAGUGAUGAGAAUGCAUCUCAAAUGGAGCCUGUUGAUAUUGGAACAUGCGAUCAGUCAGUUCCAGGAUCCUAUCCCGACAAGGGUGAAAGGAUCAUUGGGCAUUCAUUACACCAUUCUUACAAUGGCUCUAUCAACAUGGCUAACCCAGUUGACGAAGAUUCAAGAUAUGCUGGACAGAAGUUUUCCAUGACUCCUUACAUCUCUCCCCGACUUACCCCGACGGGAACACCUAAGAUUAUCUCCACGAGCGUAUCCCCGAGAGGUUAUUCUGCUGCUGGAUCUCCCAAGAAAACAUCUUCUGGUGCAGUUUCUCCUACCGGGCCACAUUAUGAAGGGAAAGCAACGCCAUUUUGGUACCCCUCGAGUCAGCAAUCAUCCGCGGCAAAUUCUCCUCCCCGAGGAGGACGCCCACUUCCAGCUCGGACCCCUCGGAUGGAUGGCAAGGAAUUCUUCCGGCAGGCAAGGAGCCGACUAUCAUAUGAACAGUUCAGUGCAUUCUUGGCUAACAUCAAAGAACUCAACGCACAAAAGCAAACCCGAGAGGAAACACUGAGGAAGGCGGAGGAGAUAUUCGGGAAAGAGAAGAACAAAGAUCUCUACAUAUCUUUCCAAGCACUUCUGAACAGGAAUGCUCGUUGAACUGAUCAGAAACAGGGGUUUGGCUUCAAGUGAUCUUGUCAUGUCCCAGAGAUUACCGCUACUGUGUAUGUUUUGUUGCUAUGUGAAGUGGCGUUUUGGAUUCAACAAAGUUAUAAAAACAGGCUAAGUUACUUUUAUAUAUGCAUAUAUAAUCCCAAUGGAACAGUUCUUUUUGUA